AUGGCAGUGAGAGUCACAUACUUUAGGACUAAGAUAUAUAGAGACAAAGUCAUUGUAGAAGUUGGAGAACUCUGUCGUCGUAUACUUACAAACUGGAAAGGAAGAGAACCUGUGUAUUUUCAGCCUCAAGAUAUCUUCUUGUUGGAAAAUAUAAAGAUCCUACAAAGAAUCUCGAGAGGCAUACAAUUGGGGAGCAAUUUCACAUCCAAUAUCAUGGUCAUGGCCUUGGAGCAUGCGCGCCAGUGGAUUUUCUAUAUAUCUUCAGUGAACAUAUUCAUAGCGGUAGGGGGAUUCCUUGGGAGGAAUAGGCUUAAGGUUAAGUAACUUUUGGCACUAUUGUAUCCUCGGUCGGCUAAACUCCAGCGAGGCUGAAGCCUAAUCACGAACUUUGAGCCUUGCUGAACGAAAGCUCCUCAUCAACACAACAUUCACAACACAAGACAACACGAAUUCAUAUUCCAUGGCUCCAAUACGUAGAUAUCUACGUAUAAGCAAAUACUCGGUGCUUGAAUGUCGCAUUUAUGUUGACAAUCCAGCCUUGGCAGAAAGUUGGCUACUGAAUUCAAGAAAUCCAAUCUUGCCCCGAAUUAUCGAAAAGGUUCGUCCCCUGGUUUUACCAAAGUUGCGCGAAGAGCAGGAAAGGAGUAAGUCAAAGGGAAAGAAGAAGAGCGUGAAAGAUGUUGUCACCGGUGGUCAGUGAAAUAAUUGAGGAUGCUCUCUACGGUGUAACACCCAUUAACAAUCAGCUCCAGAGGACUUCGAGGUGUCCAUAUUCCUGACGGAAACUAGCACGCGACAUUCUAUUCUAUUUAAACAAAAACACUUUCGAGAUACAAACAAAAAAGCUUUGCAGUCUAAUUCUGACAAACUUACCGGUGGUACGAAUAAUGCGCCAAUUGAAGUAGCUGAUGGUCCAGCUGUUGUGCGAGAGGAAAGUGAAGAAUCUAUUUCCUUGCAAGACAUACCUGAAGCAGCAGAUGACUCCGAUUUGUUCAUCAGUGAAGAUGAAGGACCUCGCGGAUCAAAACGAUCAAGAGAUGCACGAGAAUCCACAGACUCCAAUUUCAGUCCUCUAUCCAAACGUCAAAAAGAUGGAGAUACAUCUGGGGAUGAGGAUGACAAGAAGAAAAUGGCAAUGGAUACAUCGUACGAUGGUUUCUCAGUGAAUGGUCGCGUGCUAUGCCUGGUAGUCAAGAGGAAGGAUAAGAAGGGCAAAACUUCCCCCGCGGAUGGAGGUCAAGCAAUGUUGGAGGAUUGGAUCACGUCUACGCAGUUACCACCACAGCUAGAAGAUGUUUAACUUCACGAGUCCGAAAGCAUAUUUGAUCGCAUGGAUAUACAUUUUCAAUAGCUUCGGGCAUCUACCCGUAAGAAUUUGGUUUGCAGGCCACAUCAGAGGUAGCUACCGAGCUGCUAGUUUGGGACAUGUCAAACGCCCAUACUGCUUUAGCGAAACCUACACUACAACAGCAAGAACUACAACAGCAAGAAGCUUUGUUGAGAAUGGACGUCUCAUUAAACUUUUCUUUCCUCAAAUAACCAGCCUGAUUACAAGAGCACAGAAACUCUAAAUAUCCAUCUGUCCACUUCGGAGAUAUGACCUAAAUUGGGGAAGAGUUAAGGAGCAGUGCCAAGAGAAUUCAUUCUCAAACCCCAGAACUCAAGGUCUUUGCUUUGAAUAUAAACUUUAUUUUAUCACUUCGUCAGCAUCUGUCUGGUAUGGUCGCGGCGCAUAUUUUCACCAUGUCAUUUGCAAAGCUCGUACUAAGUGCGCUUUGCAAGAGAAACUCGUCACGCUACCGUAUUCUAAUUAUCAAUGCAGGCUCCCGUCUUCUUCCACAGUCGGCUUGAAUCGGUGUACCACUCUCCUAAUCCAACUUGUACCAUAUCAAGCUCAAGCUCAAGCUUUCUUUUGGCUAGUAAUCGGCCAUCAACUCUUAUGUGGGCAAAGAAGUCUACGUGCAAGGGGUGUAAAACAUCGCAAAGAAUCGGCACUAUUUAAUAUUUCAAUUCGAUGGCACAGUUUGCCGGAAUGUUAUAAUCCUAUUUAGUGAUAAUGAUCACUAUCUAUCAUUUCCGAGAAGAGCCAAGCCCAGUUUCUUUGCUCAGCCCAAUACAUGUGCCAAGUUACAGCGUGAAUAUCGAUCGCUGAGCAAGACCUAAAGACUAGCCAUGGAUAUACAUUGGAGCCCAAGUUGUUGACUUGCAGGCAACGGAGUUCUGCCCUUUAAUGUCCUUCGAAAUGCCGCGUCAACUCUAAGUUGGCAGGUACUUCAAACUUUCUUUUAUAGCGUCGAGUUUCAUGGCAUGUGAAAUCGUGGUCACUUUGUUCCUGGGUUUACUCCACUUGGUCCAAGCCUCAGUGUCCACUCCCUUCCCGUGCGCCCUUCCGUCUUUGCUCUCAGACUAUACGUCACUGGAACGUGCGCGGACAAGAUAAAUGAUAUGAAUUUACGAGCCGUUAUUUUCAAUAGGUACGAAAGUAUAGUCGGGUUCAGAUUGGACUUUUUAUUGGUGCAUCAACAAAGCUACGUCUGUGAAAUCACGGGCUUUUUGUACUAGUUCAUGUAUCACCCUUCUCUACAGGAAGAUGGCAAAAGUCUUAUCUCCCCGAAUAUUUUGUUGUACUCUUUGGAAAGAUCAUGGCGUUUGAAUUGAAUUCCUAUUAAAGGAAUAUACUGACAAUCAUUGGCCGUCCUACUCCUUAAUGGUCGCUUGAAAUGGCGUUUGCUAUGUAGAGAUGGUUUGGCCGUUGGCUCCCUCCCUGAACUCUAAUUGAGCCCUUGAGGUUAACUUUUAGGUCACGCCAAAUGAUGGUGAAACGCCACAAGAAUUUUUGAAAAAAGUAUAAAUGGAUUUGUUCUUCCUCAACGUUCAUGAACCGAAAAUGGCAUAGGUGCUUGUGCUUUGCUAACUUUUUCCUAUGUCCAAUGGAAAUUGCCCCAUGAGCUACCUUUUUCGAACUUGCCACUGGAGAUUUUCCGCAUCACACACCACCAUACCUUCUGUCCAUGGGGAUUGGCUCGCAUAUAUUGUACGUGUAAUGCUCGGACUUUAUCAAUCUCGAUGCAAAUUGUUCUUGAAGCUAUAUCCAUAGCUCGAGUUAUUCUUGGAUACAGCUGUUCUCAAUACAUUGCUUGGACUCUUGACUAUGUUACAGACAGCGGGGUUCAAGUGGAUAUUCGUAUUGUGUAUGGAUGGUCAGCGAGGUGGAAACGUUUUAUUGAUAUACUAGCUCCAUAUCAUCGGCGAUGUAGAUAUGAUGAUAUC